CGCGGAGAAGUCUGUGAGCCACGUAAAUGCCACGAAGAAGAGAUGACCGGGUGUAAACAUGGCGUCUGCCUUGGACGAUGAUGAGAUCCUAAAUGAUGAUUAUUACUCCCUGCUAAAUGUCAGACGAGAGGCCACGCAGGAAGAACUGAAGGCGGCAUACAGGCGAUUAUGCAUGCUGUAUCACCCAGACAAACACCGGGACCCUGAACUAAAGCGUCAAGCAGAACAGCUUUUUAACCUCGUACAUGAAGCUUACGAAGUGCUUAGUGACCCACAGGCACGAGCCAUCUAUGAUAUCUAUGGCAAGAGAGGACUUGACGUUGAAGGAUGGGAGGUGGUGGAAAGAAAAAGAACCCCUGCCGAGAUCCGAGAGGAGUACGAGCGCCUUCAGAAGGAGCGAGAAGAGAGGAGGCUUCAGCAAAGGACCAACCCAAAGGGAAUGAUUAGUGUGGGUAUCGAUGCCACGGACCUGUUUGACCAGUAUGAAGAAGACUAUGAGGAUAUGGCUGGAGGGGGAGUCCCACAUGUGGAAAUCAACAAGAUGCACAUAUCACAAUCAAUAGAGGCUCCUCUCACCACAAAAGACACAGCCAUUUUGUCUGGCUCCCUGUCAACCCACAAUGGAAAUGGAGGGGGCACCAUUAACUUGGCCUUGAGAAGAGUCACCUCAGCCAAGGGGUGGGGAGAGGUAGAGCUUGGUGCUGGAGACGCACAUGGACCUCUCUUUGGGAUGAAGAUUUUCCGAAACUUGACACCUCGAUUCUUCGUGACCGCUCAGUGUGGGCUCCAGUUUUCAUCCCGAGGCGUGCGUCCCGCUUUCACCACAGUGCUGGCCCGCCACCUAGACAAGAACACUAUGGGCUAUCUGCAGUGGCGCUGGGGUGUCCAGUCCUCCAUGAACACCAGCAUAGUCAGGGACACCAAGAGCAGCCAUUUCACCUUCGCAAUGCAGCUUGGCAUUCCUCACACAUUUAUGAUGAUGAGCUACCAGUACAAGUUCCAGGAUGAUGACCAGACGAAGAUCAAGGGCUCAGUAAAAUCAGGUUUCUUUGGGACUGUGGUGGAGUAUGGCGCUGAGAGGAAGAUCAGUCGACACAGUGUCCUGGGGGCCACAGUCAGCGUGGGAGUGCCCCAAGGUGUCUCCCUAAAGAUCAAACUAAACAGAGCCAGCCAGACGUAUUUCUUCCCCAUUCACCUGACCGACCAACUCCUGCCAAGUGCUGUAUUUUACGCCACAGUUGGACCACUGGUUUUCUACCUCGCCAUCCAGCAGCUUAUUAUUCGGCCCUACGUGCGGGCCCAGAAGGAACAAGACUUGGAGAAGCAGCGGGAGAGCUCGGCCUCGAAUAUAGCCAGGAAGAAACAGGAGGCGGAGGCUGCUGUCUUACUCAUGCAGGAGUCUGUGCGCAGGAUUAUUGAAACGGAGGAGUCUAGAUUGGGUCUCAUCAUCCUCAACGCCUGGUACGGCAAGUUUGUGACAGACAACAGUAAGAGACACGAGAGGGCAAAGGUCAUUGAUGUGACUGUGCCACUGCAGUGUUUGGUGAAAGACUCUAAACUCAUCCUCACUGAGGCUACAAAGUCAGGACUCCCUGGUUUCUAUGACCCCUGUGUGGGGGAGGAGAAGAGCCUGAAGGUGCUGUAUCAGUUCCGCGGAGUCAUGCAUCAAGUCCUGUCAGGAGACACCGAACCACUCAGGAUACCAAAGCAAUCUCACAGGAUUGACGCAGACACAUAGGAGCUCCUCUGCUGACCAAAAAGACUCAUCUCUAAGCUGUCUGACAGAAGAUGGAUAAAGCUGUUUUAGAUACGACACGGAGCGAAGUCCUUGUUACUCAGAAAUCGUGCAUUUACCUUUUUGUCUUUGUAUCCAUUUAAAUAUGCAGAGCAGAGUAAAAGCAUCACAGACUGGAUUGAUCAGAAUUCAGGAUCCAUGGACAGCGUUGCGGCCUGCUUGAAAUUCUAAUGUGACACCGAAAUCAAUGGCUACCAUCUCAUGCUCUCCUUGGUAUCCAUUUAUUUUUGGUAUGGCUUGUAAUUUAUGAUUGAGUUCUAUGUACUGUAUUGUACACAAACUGCAGUGCCUAUGUGAAUGAAAACGAUGAAUGCACCUCUGUUUAUUUGCCAUAUUAUUAAAAUCAGUCUCUCUC